UAUCUCUGUCGCCAUGCAAAUGAUUGAUUUCGAUCGAUACGCUCAACUUUGGCAGAGUGGAAAGCACAACAUCAACUAGUUUUGCGUGCGACAUGCGGUCCCAGCUGCUCAUUUGCACUCGCGUCGCGUCCCUGGUAAUUGUCAUAUUGUUGGCGCAGGUUCAUAGUAUUGAUGACGACGCACGUGACCUGAUCGCAGAUCUAAAUUUUGCUCUCAACAACACCAAAGUAAUGGCGGAUUUGGUUGAUUCGAUGCAUUUUAAACUGACUGAUUUGCGAGAAAUGCUGCACAAAGACGUGACUUAUUACAUGGCGGCGGUGAUCGAUGGGCUGGAUACAUUAGGGGUGGUUCCAAGCCAACUGCUAAGUUUGCAAGGCCACACGGCUGAAGCUCUGUUGACCUCCGAAGACCUUCUGGCCGUUCUGUUGCCUCGUCUGAUUAAUUACCGGGCCUUGCUCGGCCACAUUAACGAGCAUUUGAUCUCGGACGUCGCCGCACUGAAACACGGCCUGACUAAACUCAUUGAGGACACAGAGCAGCUUAUCUCACUUCUCGACUCAGCCAUCGACGCUCUGUUUUCUCGGUACGAUCUGCUUAGGGAGAUUAUCCUCGGAUUGGCGCAACCUUUCAGUGAAGAGGAAUUGGAAGAAAUCGAAGACUUGAUGAACAAGACAUAUACAAUAUUGACUGACUCUUACACAAGCACUUCCUUGGACAAGCUUGCGUUUGUAUCGCGAUACUCGGACGCUGUUACUUUUAUUCGAAUGUAUGUUUCACAAAUUCACAACCCUUACUAAUUUCAAAGAGAUGAAAGAGUUUCAAUAAAAUAAAAUUGUAAGGGA